GAUGUGAGUGUAAGCGGAUCCGGUUUGAAUCUUCCUGGUUGAGGUUGUACGGGUUGUACACAGUAGCUGUUAGCAUUAGCCUCCUGUUUCUCUGUGUGAUAUUAAUCUUUAUAAUAAUCUACCAAUAAUAAUCUCUGUGGAAACAUGAACACCGUCCUCUCCAGAGCGAACUCCCUCUUCGCCUUCUCGCUCUCCGUCAUGGCGGCGCUCACCUUCGGCUGCUUCAUCACCACCGCCUUCAAAGACCGGAGGGUCCCGGUCCACAUCCAGGCCUCCAGAGUCCUACUGAAGAACGUGGACGACUUCACAGGUCCCAGAGAACGCAGUGACCUGGGCUUUGUCACCUUUGACCUCUCAGCUGAUCUGCAGCCCAUCUUUGACUGGAACGUCAAACAGCUGUUUCUGUACCUGUCUGCAGAGUACGCCACUAAGAGCAAUGCUCUGAACCAGGUGGUUCUCUGGGAUAAGAUCGUCCUUCGAGGGGAAAACACCAAACUGAAUCUCCGAGACAUGAAGUCAAAAUAUUUCUUCUUUGAUGACGGCAACGGACUCAGGGCCAAUAAGAACAUCACUCUGACUCUGUCCUGGAACGUCGUCCCCAACGCAGGAAUCCUGCCCCUGGUGGCUGGCAGUGGUCACAUCAGCCUCCCAUUCCCUGACACAUACGAGACCAGCAAGAGCUACUGAUACUUGUACACACAUACACACACACGCACACACACUCACUCACACACUGCUGUCUGUGUUUCUUGUGUUUGACGGAUUUGUUUGUAAUAAAAGGUGAAACAGA